UCAUCGCUUAUGGAGGGAUGAGAGGGGCGCGAUUUGUCAAAGAAAAAAAGUUUCAAGUGUCCCCUCGAAGAAGUUUUUGCCGGGCCCGGGACUCUGUCGCCAGGCGGCGUGACACGCUGGCACUCCGGCCAAAAGUGGGUCUAGACUUCGUGUCUCCUCCUGUUCAGAGCGGGGAUAAAAGGGGCCCAAUUAAGCGGAAAGUGCAGUUCGUAAUGGGGGAAGCGGUCGGGCUGCGCUGCACCAGUAGGUUCCACUGCUUUCUACCUCUACCACUCGCGGGUGUGGGAGCUACAGCUUACGUGCUCCGAGGGUUUGUUUCCAAUCCAACCAGCCUUUAGUCCGUCCUUGUUCGAGUGAUGCCCGUCGGCAGCCUGUUUCAGUUCCACGGCCUUGCCGGUACGUUAGCAAGAGGUUCCACAUCGCGACACCUUUUGAUGUGCCGGCGCGCGUGAUACCUCUACUUCGGGCCAGUGGCUUCGCGGAUGCGCACUUCUGCAAAGUCAUACCCGGACUUAUACACGCUGCACCAAAAACUUGGAUUAUAUACCUCACGAAUUCCAGCCAACCCGGAUGCAGAAUAAACUGAAACAAAACUUGAUUUCUACACGCCAAGGAUACAAAUUGUGUAACAGUUAAAACGGGCAACUGUACACGGAACCAUAAGACACCAUGAUGAUUUUUGUGCGCGCUAAACACUCGGCUGUUGUGCUGUCGCAUUGGACAAGAUGUUGUUUAAUAUACGCAAUUGUCGCCGGCCUUCUUACGAGACACGCGUUCGCUUCGCCUUCGACAAAACCAGACAAGCACACGCACCACGCCAGCAGCGUGGCCGACCCAGGGCCUCUAUACCAGGACAGUUUCCACCGGGUAUCGGAGCACGCUAUUACGGAAUCUGAUUGGCCGAGCGGGAAAAUACCAGACGGUGAUUCGUCCAGCACGCUGUCAGAUGACUCGGGCGGGGCCCAUGAUCAAGACCUGCCGCUCUCAAAGUGCUGCUACAGACAGAAAAAGUACCACACCAUUGGGUUCGAUACCUCAGCGAGGAGGCCAAUCAGGAAGGACGUAGGGCGGUGUCGGAGGACUUAUCUUGAACGGCCCACACCCAGAGGCCCAACCACAGACCCGAGGGUCCUGGUAAAGAGGAGCAAGGGACAGGGACCCGUGUGUGAUCAACCAUGCGAUGAUGGCAACCUGUGCCUGCCGACGCGAAUUCUUCUGGAGCGCAGUUUGUACGCAAACGCAUGGUCGCCCCUGGAUUACGAGGUCAUUAAUGACUGCCAGUGUGUACCUAAGAUGCAUCCCUGCGAGAGAAUGCCCUUCAACAAGGUCUUCCACCACAACACGCCGUACGAGACGACCAUAGACGUGGGGGAGUGUCGGGGAAGAUGCUUCAACGGCCGCGACUCCGAUGUUGAGUGCCGAGCCACGAAGAACAAAACGGAAACAGUCCUUGGUCCAAACGGUCACGAGUGUGUCGACGUCAUCACCGGAUGUUCCUGCGCUGGGGGCUGUUUCAGGGCAAGUCACAUGGUGGCGUUCUACAUCCGGAAAUUCAACGAAACAACUGAUGAAUAUUACGAUGCUGUACAGGAACUGGAUGUUGGUAUAUGCCUCGGAAGCUGCACGGAAAGGAAAGGCAUCUGUAUUCGACGAACAAACUGUGCUGCAGUGUUGCUUCCCAACACGUACUGUUCACCGAAGGAGUACGUUCCACACAUGUUCCAGACACCAGAGGGCGAGGAUUUGACUGUCCACGUGAUCAAUGAAUGCAAAUGCAUAUAAAACAGCAAGGGAAACCACACGAGUUUUCCCCAAGUCUCGCGAGAUUUGAAUACAUAAGAGUAUCUGCCGUGUUUGCAGUUCAGCCAACAUAAAACGAAAAUGUAAAUUAAUAUUCGUUAGGCCUAUUGCUCUUGAACAUACAAACCAAAUGAUUAACCAAUAAUGUUGUAAAAUAUGUUUAUAAAAAAACUAUGUACUUAAAGUUUGUAAGAAUAUUUCUGAAUUACGUUCCUGUUUACGUAAUAAGAUAUGUAUAAAAAGAUAGUUGGGUUAGACAUUACUGUUUACACAAUUGUACAUGCUAAAAAUACUGCAUUUAAACAUUGUAAAUAAUGUUAUGCCUUUGUUAUUGAAAACAGUAUUGUGUGUUCAUUUUUAUGCAUGGCGAAUUCUUAAGACACUUUAGUAACAAUCAUCAACGUAAAAUAGAAAAUAAUCGGCCCUUGUUGAAACCCUUGCCUUUUAGGUCAAGUGGUCCAGUUUUGAUAAAAUUUGAAAGUUAUCUUUCUAGGCUCAACCGAAUAAGGCUUUCAUAAGCUAUUUUAUGGUCUAUAAUAUCUCAAACUCACCGUCAGUUGCAUAUUGAGAAGUGAAUUAGAGAAAUUUGUAUUGACCCAUUUCAAGGCAGGGGGCUGAUGUAUUAAAGCUAUAUAGUUUGAAUAUUUAGAGUCACUUCAUUUGUACAUUCUCAUUAAUGCAUUACCAAAAUACCAACCUAUGGAACUCGGGUGUGAAUUUAUCGAUUAUGCUUUAGUGUUCUACUUCAUUGAUCAUAAAACAAUAAAGGCAGCAUUCACUAACCAAAAGCA